GUUUCCUCCAGCGUAGCCCCGCCUCCACUUUUCCAUGCAUUGGCGCGCUCCGUGGCAGUGGCUCUCUGGCACCGUUCCUACCCGGGUAGCUGAACUGUUAAGCGGGCUGCGAGCGUAGACACAGCAGCCAUGAGUGCAGCGGGUGACGCUCGGGCUGGCUCGGCUGUCGGACCAGUCCAGCAAGGACUGAAAGAGGCUCUGAUUGAGACGCUCACGGCCAUCCUGUCUCCGGUGCAAGAAGUGCGCGCUGCCGCUGAGGAACAGAUCAAAGUGCUGGAGGUGACAGAAGAGUUUGGUGUCCACCUUGCAGAACUUACAGUUGACCCUCAGGGAGCACUCGCCAUCCGUCAGUUAGCGUCUGUUAUCCUGAAGCAGUACGUGGAGACUCACUGGUGCUCCCAUUCAGAGAAGUUCAGGCCUCCUGAAACCACAGAUCAGGCUAAAGCUGCCAUCAGGGAGCUGCUGCCGAGCGGCCUGCGGGAGUCCAUCAGCAAAGUUCGCUCCAGCGUGGCCUACGCUGUGUCGGCCAUCGCCCACUGGGACUGGCCCGAGGCGUGGCCGCAGCUCUUCACUCUGCUCAUGGAGAUGCUGGUCAGUGGAGAUGUGAACGCAGUUCAUGGGGCCAUGAGGGUCCUCACAGAGUUCACUCGAGAGGUGACGGAUACACAGAUGCCGCUGGUGGCUCCAGUCAUUUUACCUGAGAUGUACAAGAUCUUUACCAUGGCUGAGGUUUACAGUAUUCGUACCCGUUCCAGAGCAGUGGAGAUCUUCACCACAUGUGCUAACCUCAUCUGUGCUAUUGAAGAGCUUGAAAAGGGUGCAGCUAAAGCGUUGAUCUUCCCGGUGGUGCAGCAGUUUACAGAAGCAUUCGUGCAGGCUCUGCAAAUGCCUGAUGGACCCUCAUCUGACAGUGGCCUCAAGAUGGAAGUACUGAAGGCCGUGACGGCUUUAGUGAAGAACUUCCCAAAACCGAUGGUGUCCUCUAUGCAGCAGAUAUUACCCAUCGUCUGGAAUACACUGACUGAAAGUGCAGCUUUUUAUGUAAGAACAGAAGUCAACUACACUGAGGAAGUGGAUGAUCCUGUUGACUCAGAUGGGGAAGUUUUGGGGUUUGAGAAUCUGGUGUUCAGCAUCUUUGAGUUUGUCCACACGCUGCUGGAGAACAAUAAGUUUAAGAGCACAGUGAGGAAAGCUCUGCCUGAGCUCAUCUACUACAUCAUCCUGUACAUGCAGAUCACUGAGGACCAGGUAAAAGUGUGGACAGCAAACCCUCAGCAGUUCGUAGAGGAUGAAGAUGACGACACGUUCUCCUACUCUGUCAGGAUCUCUGCUCAGGACCUGCUGCUGGCAGUAGCUGCAGAGUUUCAGAAUGAGAGUGCAGCAGCGCUGGCAGCAGCUGCAACCAGACACCUCCAGGAGGCAGAACAAGCUAAAAACAGCGGCAAUGAGCACUGGUGGAAGAUUCACGAGGCCUGCAUGUUGGCCCUCGGUUCAGUCAAGACCAUCAUCACAGAGAAUGUGAAGAACGGCCGAAUCCAGUUUGACAUGCACGGUUUUCUGGCUGGUGUCAUCCUCGCUGAUCUCAAUCUGACUGCUGCUUCCCCGUUCCUGCUCGGUCGGGCUCUGUGGGCGGCGAGCCGCUUCACUGCAGCCAUGUCUCCUGAACUUAUCCAGCAGUUUCUCCAGGCCACAGUUAGCGGCCUUCAUGACAGCCAACCACCAUCCGUCCGCAUCUCAGCGGUCAGGGCCAUCUGGGGGUACUGUGAUCAGUUGAAGCUGUCAGAAAGCACACACAUCCUUCAGCCUUUCCUCCCCAGUGUAUUGGAGGGACUGAUCCAGCUGGCCGCCCAGUUCAGCUCAGAGGUCCUCACACUUGUCAUGGAGACGCUGUGCAUCGUCUGCACCGUUGACCCGGCUUUCACUACCAGCGCCGAGAAUAAGAUCUGCUCACUCACCAUCGCUAUUUUCCUGAAAUAUAACAAUGACCCCGUGGUGGCCGCCCUGGCUCAGGACAUCUUUAAGGAGCUGGCCCAGAUCGAAGGCUGUCAGGGGCCCAUGCAGAUGCGUCUCAUUCCCACCCUGAUCAGCAUCAUGCAGGCUCUACCUGAUAAGAUCCCCUCUGGACUCUGUGCUACAUCUAUAGACAUCCUGGCAACAGUGGUCCGAAACACAAAGCCCCCUCUGUCAGAGCUGUUGGUGUGUCAGGCCUUUCCUGUGGUAGCACAAUGCACCUUACGCACAGAUGACCACACAGUAAUGCAGAACGGAGGAGAGUGUCUGCGAGCGUACGUCUCUAUCGCCCUCGAGCAGAUUGCCCAGUGGAGGGACGAACAGGGCAACAGUGGCCUGUGGUACGUCAUGCAGGUGGUCAACCAGCUGCUGGACCCCAGGACCUCGGAGUCCACGGCUGUCUUCGUGGGAAGGUUGGUGUCCACUCUGAUCUCUCGGGCCGGAACAGAGCUUGGUGACCAGCUGGACCAUAUCCUCAGAGCCAUCCUGAGCAAAAUGCAACAAGCCGAGGCUCUGAGCGUCAUGCAGUCUCUCAUCAUGGUGUUUGCCCACCUGGUUCACUCUCAGCUGGAGCCUCUGCUGGAGUUUUUGUGCAGUCUACCUGGACCGACAGGAAAGCCUGCCUUGGAGUUUGUCAUGACAGAGUGGAUGAGCAGACAACAUCUUUUCUACGGACAGUACGAGGGUAAAGUCAGCACCGUGGCGCUGUGCAAGCUUCUGCAGCAUGGCAUAAACGCUGACGACAAGCGGCUUCAGGACAUCAUGGUUAAGGGAGAAGAAAUCUACAGCCCAGAAGUUGGCAUUCGCACUCGCUCCAAAUCUGCCAAAAACCCAGAGCGCUGGACGAACAUUCCUUUACUCGUGAAGAUCUUUAAACUAAUCAUCAACGAGUUGUCGACCGUGGUGGAAGCCAACGCCAGCAGGGCCAACGCUGCUGACUGGAGCCAAGAUUCCAGCGGCAUGUGGGACGAUCAGGAGGAGGAAGAGGGAGAGGAUGAAGAGGAGGAUGAAGGAUUAGCAGGGCAGCUGCUGUCUGAUCUCAUUUCAUCAAACAAAUAUGAUGACGAUUAUUAUGAGGAUGAUGAGGAAGAUGAUCCAGACGCCUUGAAAGACCCCAUUUAUCUGAUCGAUUUGCAGGCUUACCUGUCGGACUUUCUGACACAGUUCGCUCUGCAGCCGUGUUACAACAUGUUCUCAAACCACCUCAACAACGCUGAGAGACAAACCCUGCAGUCUAUAGGCCUGUAGUCUUGCUGUUUGAUGCUCCAACACAUCUUCCAUCAACAUCACCCUGAAAUGUCCCUCUGUCGCCCUGUGAAGUCACUUGCGAUGAAUUUAAGAUGGAGUGAAACGACAGAAGAACGAGGAUUGACUGAGGCAGGAGGAGAACGAGUUGGGAAAGUACUCAUGCACUUAACUUUGACUUCCUUUUUUUACUCUAAAUGAAUGACGGGAUGAAGGACCUUGCUGAUGUUAAGAGACUGCACAAGUCUCAUCCUAAAGGUCAAACAUUCUCGACUUUGGAAGAACUUCAACCUGGAUGAGAGAAGGAAAAGGUCUUCACUAGGAAGGCCUGAUGAAUCUCAACACCUGGGCCAACUGUUUAAACACGAGUGGAAACGCAACAUGGUAAACUCUUCCGAAGGACUUUACGCCGUCUGAGGGAAACCUAACAUUUUAGUAAGAGAGUAUUCGGUGGCCUUGUAUUCCAGAAAACAGUGACUGUUUGACAGGAAAUGCAAAGCUCUUAGACCAGCUGUCAUAUCAUGUGUUUCAUUGGGUUUUAAAAAUUCACACUGUUGCCAUUUUGAUUCAAUGCCUUGUCAUUUCAUUGUAUCUAUUGAAGUUUAGAAUAAAAGUAUUUCUAAAUAAAAGUUCGUAGCAGGA